AUGAGUGUUUGGAGUCUGUUGAGCCUCGUGCUGCUGCUGGCCGUGGCGCAGGCCUUCGCACCCGGGCGCCACCAGCAGCACAAGGUACUCCACCUGGACUGGCCCGAGGACUGCGGCCUGGCGCACUUCACCCCCAACGUCGCAGAGCGCAUCGUUUCCGGCACGGAGGCCCGGCCCCACUCCUGGCCCUGGCAGGUGUCACUGCAGGUCCGUCCCAGGGGAAGCAAGCACUACGUCCACGUCUGCGGGGGGACGCUCAUCCACAAGCACUGGGUCCUGACGGCGGCGCACUGCUUCCAGAAGGGCAAGGCCGAGGACGCCGGCAGCUGGCGCAUCGUCCUGGGAAAGCACCAGCUGAAGCGCAACGAGGCGACCGAGCGCAUAAUCCCAGUGCGGCGGAUCUACCGGCACGAGCGCUUCCGCUACCCGGCGCUCAGCGAGCUCGACUUCGACAUCGCGCUCGUCAAGGCCACCGCCGACAUCCAGCCCAGCCACUACGUGCGCUAUGCGUGCCUGCCGCGCAAGGCGCCGGUGCUCAAACCCGGCCACUACUGCUGGGUCACGGGCUGGGGAGACACCCGGGGUGGGAAGGAGAACAUGUCCCUGGCCGAGGCUCUCAACCAGGCUCGUCUGCCCAUCAUCGACCACAAGACGUGUCGGCAGAAGAAGUUCUGGGGCGAUCGCGUGCGCGACUCCAUGAUCUGCGCGGGAUUUCGUGAUACGGAGGGGCCCCCUGCCGCUUGCCAGGGAGACUCCGGAGGCCCCCUGCUGUGCAAGCAGAGCCGCGACCGCUGGGAGGUCCACGGUGUGGUGAGCUUCGGCCCUAUCGGCUGCACGGUGGAGAACAAGCCCAGCGUCUUCACCCGCACUGCUGCCUACAUCCCCUGGAUCGAGGCCACGCGGAUCAGGGACUUCUUCCUGCACUGA